AUGUUACUGUGCCCAGACUGUAAUGCAAAAAUGCAGUACAAUCUUGUGGUAGUGUUUUUGUCUGCUUUAUUUGAAACAGUGCAUGGACUUUACGGAUAUGUCCAAAUUCAGUGUCGAGUACCUGACUCUCAACAAAACAUUGAAUUUAUCUUCUCAGUCACCUGCAACAUGAUAGAAUAUCUGAGAUACAACAGUACUGAGGAUAAAGCUAUUGGUAAAACCGAAUUUGGGAAGAAAUUGGCAGAGGACUAUAAUAAAAACAAGAUUUUACUUGCACAAACAGAAUUUGCGCUGAACCAAUGCAAAAUAAUUAAUUAUUUUGCAGUACAACCAGAAGUCAUUAUCCGGUUGGAAUAUGUGAAUCAGAAAGCUAUGCUGGUGUGCAGUGCCUAUGACUUCUACCCCAAACCCAUUAAACUGACAUGGAUGAGAAAUGAUAAAGAAAUGGCAGCUGAUGUGACGUCCAUUGAGGAGAUGGCUAAUGGAGACUGCUACUAUCAAAUCUACUCCCACCUGGAAUACUUCCCCAAACGUGGAGGGAAGAUCUCCUCCUGUCACGUGGUGGAGCACGCCAGCUCCCAUAAACCCAUGAUCUAUUAUUGGGAAUGUCUUCCUUCUCUGGAAGAUUUUGACAGGAAUAAACUCAUUACUGGGGUUGUUAUUGCAGAUGUAGGUUUGAUCUGCUACAAAAAAAAAAAAGCACACAGUUUGGAGUUGGAACUUCAAGUCAUUUUUGUGGCUGUUCAAACGGUCGGGAACACGGAGCGUUUGCUGGAUUCCUGUGUGCGCAUUCAAAAGCCGCCUCCCUCAGAAGUGCCACCUAGCAGCGUGCUAGCGCGGGAACCUCGUGCAGUGCAAGGAUUCAGAUAUGCUAAUUGA